GUACAUGCGAUUUUAAACGUGUCUAGCUUUUACACAGAGUUCGACACCUCACCACUGCCUUCGCUUAUUUAUGAACAGUAAAGCAUGCCAUGGGAGGGACGAAGAAAAUAAAUUGAACUAUAAAAAUAUUAUUAUUUGGUAAUUCUGGAGAGAGGCAUAAUUCAUUUCAAGAUAAGUGGAAAUGGGUGGCGAUAAGGCGUUUAGGGCUCUGCUCGUGGUGGUUCUUCUGGCGGUGGCAGUUGGCGAGCAAGAGGUUCAAGGCCCAGUGCACCAUGUGGUCGGCGGACACCGCCGUUGGGACCCUACUUCCGACAUCAGUUCUUGGUUGUCCGGACGAGUCUUUAGGGUUGGUGACAAAAUCUGGUUCACCUACUCAGCACCACAGGAAAGCGUCGUGGAGCUGCAGAGCCUGGAGGAAUUUCAAUCGUGUGAUCUCUCGAACCCUAUCAAGAUGUACACGGACGGUGUAGAUCAAAUUCCACUGGAGAGGGAAGGGAACAGGUACUUUGUGAUUGGGAACCAGGAAAAUUGCAGCAAUGGUCUAAAGCUACACGUUGAUGUGAAGCCUUUGGAGACGCAGCAGCUGCCUAACCAAUGGUCGCAACCACCGCCAUUUCAGCCUCCGCCUCCAGCUGAGCCUAAGCCGGAGCCUUUCCCUGUGCCAGUGCCUGAGCCGGACACACCCUCUGGCUCGACCCAAUUAAACGGGCUUUCGUUUGGUCUCUUUGUCGGUUUUCUGCCUUGCUUCUUGGGCCUAUUGAUGGGACUUUAGUGGCCCUGUUUAUUAAGGAUCUGUUUGGAUUGGGUUGAGAACCAAUUUAGUUUAUUUUUGUCUGUAACGUUAAGAAGACCACUGGGGCUUGGUUGUAUUUGAACCAGUUUUAUUGGGUAAUAAUUGAACUUUUUCUAAGUGGUAGAAAUUCACGAGAUGUCCACAGAAAAUGAGAUCAUAAAAUUCUUCCACA